CGCCGUAACUGAAUUCAGUUGCGAUGGCAUUAUUCGAAACAGCUGCCUACUCUCUAUCUCGCACACCAACCGCCACAACCAACGUCGUCUUCUCCAACUCUACUAUCAGACCACUCACACCUUCUUCUUCGUCUUCCUUCUAUUCUCGAGUCCUCCGUUGCCGAUCGAAUUCCAACUGCCUUCUUUUGACUCCACGGUUUACUUUUGCUGUGAAAGCUUGCGUCAAAGUCGAAGAGAAGGAUGUUGCCGCGACUAGUGGAGCUGGAGGAGGAGAGUGGGGAAAGGUCUCUGCGGUGUUGUUUGACAUGGAUGGUGUGCUCUGCAACAGCGAGGAACCUUCUAGAAGAGCCGCUGUUGAUGUCUUCGCCGAGAUGGGCGUCCAAGUCACCGUCGAUGACUUCGUCCCAUUCAUGGGAACAGGAGAAGCAAACUUUCUGGGAGGUGUUGCCUCUGUUAAGGGAGUUAAAGGAUUUGAUACCGAAGCUGCAAAAAAGAGAUUCUUCGAAAUAUAUUUGGAUAAGUAUGCCAAACCAGAUUCCGGAAUAGGAUUUCCUGGUGCCAGUGAACUUAUUUCUCAGUGUAAAAGCAAAGGCAUUAAGGUGGCUGUUGCAUCUAGUGCUGAUCGCAUAAAGGUUGAUGCUAAUCUAGCUGCUGCUGGUUUGCCAUUGUCAAUGUUUGAUGCAAUUGUGUCUGCAGAUGCUUUUGAGAAUUUGAAACCUGCUCCUGAUAUUUUCUUAGCUGCAUCAAAAAUAUUGGAUGUGCCUCCCAGUGAGUGUGUAGUUAUAGAAGAUGCACUAGCUGGAGUUCAGGCUGCUAAAACUGCACAAAUGAGAUGCAUAGCUGUUAGAACUACGUUGUCAGAUGAGGCUUUGGAAUCUGUUGGUCCAUCACUCAUCCGAGAUGACAUAGGAAAUAUUUCACUUGAUGACAUUCUCAGUGGAGGCUCUGUUGGAUAUAAUAAGAGGGUUCAGGGAUCUGAAACAUCAAAUGAUUCUGCACAAUCUUCCUCUGCUAUGCUUGUUGUUGAAAAAGAUGAUAGAGCUAGAAAAACUAUCAGUGGUAGUGACAAGGGAAUAUUCCCAACUGAAGGGUUACAGGGUUCUCGGCGCGAUAUAAUGAGAUUCGGGAGUCUUGGUAUUGCUAUCUCUUGCCUUGUUUUCACCAUUAGUAACUGGAAGGCAAUGCAAUAUGCUUCACCCAAAGCAAUAUGGAAUCUGUUGUUUGGAGUCACCCAACCAUCCAUGGAACAGAAAGAAGGUGAUUCAAGAGAUGAUAGGGUCCAGCAAUUUGUGAAUUACAUAACUGAUCUAGAGAGCAGGGGAAACACUCAGAUUGUUCCAGAAUUUCCAUCGAAACUUGAUUGGCUGAAUACAGCUCCACUACAAUUUCACAGGGAUCUGAAAGGAAAAGUUGUUGUCCUGGAUUUCUGGACUUAUUGUUGUAUAAACUGUAUGCAUGUCUUACCAGACCUAGAGUUUUUGGAGAAGAAAUACAAAGAUAUGCCGUUCAUUGUUGUGGGUGUUCAUUCUGCGAAGUUCGAUAAUGAGAAAGAUUCUGAAGCCAUUCGUAAUGCAGUUCUACGCUAUGAUAUCACUCAUCCGGUUGUGAAUGAUAGUGACAUGUAUCUUUGGCGCAAGUUAGGCAUAAAUUCAUGGCCAACAUUUGCUGUUGUUGGCCCCAAUGGUAAGCUCCUAGCACAACUUGCUGGAGAAGGUCACAAGAAGGAUCUUGAUGAUUUUGUGGAGGCAGCACUGAUGUUUUAUGGAAAACGUAAUUUGUUGGAUAAUACACCAAUUAUGUUGAAUUUGGAGAAAGAUAAUGAUCCUCGGCUUUCAGCAUCUCCAUUGAAGUUCCCUGGAAAGCUAGCAAUUGAUAUCCUCAACAACAGGCUUUUUAUUUCUGACAGCAACCAUAACCGUAUAGUGGUUACCGACCUUGAUGGGAACUUCAUUGUACAAAUUGGUAGCAGUUGGGAGCAAGGUCUGCAGGAUGGUUCAUUUGAUGAUGCCACCUUUAACCGACCUCAGGGCCUUGCUUAUAAUGCAAAGAAAAAUAUCGUUUAUGUUGCAGAUACUGAAAACCAUGCUUUGAGGGAAAUUGAUUUCAUUAAUGAGAAAGUGCGUACUCUUGCUGGAAAUGGGACCAAGGGCUCUGAUUAUAUUGGAGGAGGAAAAGGAGACACUCAGCUUCUCAAUUCCCCUUGGGAUGUCUGCUUUCAUCCAGUUGAAGAGAAAAUUUAUAUUGCAAUGGCUGGCCAACAUCAGAUUUGGGAGCACAAUAUAUUGGACGGAAUUACGAAAGUCUUUAGUGGCGAUGGUUAUGAAAGAAAUCUAAAUGGAUCAAGUCCUACAAGUUCGUCAUUUGCACAACCUUCUGGUCUUUCAUUCUCUCGAGAUCUAACGGAGAUCUACGUCGCCGAUAGUGAGAGUAGUUCUAUCCGAGUUGUUGAUCUGAAAACAGGAGGAUCUCAUCUGAUAGCUGGUGGUGACCCAAUCUUCCCAGAUAAUUUGUUUAAGUUUGGUGAUCAAGAUGGAAUAGGCUCUGAAGUACUCCUUCAACAUCCACUGGGGGUUACAUGUGCAAAAGAUGGUGAAGUUUAUAUUGCCGAUAGCUACAAUCACAAGAUCAAGAAGUAUGAUCCAACUAGUAAAAGAGUUAGCAGCAUUGCAGGAACAGGAAAAGCUGGUUUCAGGGAUGGAACAGCUUUGACGUCUCAGCUAUCUGAACCGGCAGGAAUUGUUGAAGGGAACAAUGGGAGAUUAUUUAUUGCAGAUACAAAUAACAGCUUAAUCCGAUAUCUGGAUUUGAAAAGUGAUGAAUUUUUGCUUCAUACUUUAGAGCUUAAAGGAUUUCAGCCUCCUAAACCGAAAUCAAGAUCUUUGAAACGCCUCAGAAGACGACCAUCAGCCGACACAAUGAGUAUUAUGAUUGAUCCUAUUUCAUCAAAUGAGGGAAACUUGUAUAUUGAUAUUGCAUUACCAAAUGAGUAUCAUUUCUCAAAGGAAGCACGCAGUAGAUUUAGUGCUGAUACUGAACCUGCGGAUGCUGUAAACAUUGAUCCUUUGGACGGAUUCCUUAGUUCAGAAGGAUCAGCAACGCUUCGCUUUAAGAGGUUAUCUAACUCGGCUUCCAUGGGUAGAAUUAAUUGCAAGGUUUACUAUUGCAAGGAAGAUGAAGUAUGUUUGUACCAAUCUUUGCUGUUUGAGAUUCCCUUCCGAGAGGGAGUUCCUAGCGCUAACAAGGCAGACGUCACUCUUGCUCAUCUUGUGAAGCCCAAAACUCCCAACAACUUCUUACUGCCCUCGGUUGCCCCGUGACUCCUUAAUCCAGGUUAAUUUAGCACACACUAUCUGUCGCUCAUUUUUUGCCUUAAAAUAUAUAACAAUCAAAUGCUCGAGAGUUGAGGGGUCAUGAGCUUUCUUCACACAAAAUCAAGGUUUUCUUUUUUAUUUCUGUCUUUCCUGCUUCUAUUACACUGUAUUUCGUUGUAUAGCCAUUUUAAAUACCCUUUUUUCUCUUUUAUUUUUCAUGUUAUAUAUCAAUAUAUUAUAAUAUAUCAGCACGUGAUCGCUAUUAUAUAUCAAUGAAGACACUCGUGCACAGUUAUGUUUUGUUCA